CCUUAAAAAACUAUAAAAAUUCAAAUUCAAAUCAUAUCAAACUUGAAAAGCAGACGUAAAUUUUAGUUGGAACAGAAGCAAAUGUAAAUUUUAGCAGCUUCGAUUUAUUCUUGGUUUCGGUUCCUCGGUUUUUCCAGGAAGCGGACGUAAUGUUCAUGAAAUCUGGUUUGCGUUUUCGGUUAAUAUCCUUCUUAAUUCUGCGAGUGUGGCUGGGUAGCUGAUUCAAGAUAAGGAUCAUGGUAGUCUGGCAGAGGUUAAGAAGGAGGAGGAGGAAUUUCUGUGGAUUCAGCAAACGAAAUUACAGUCGCUUCGUGUGCUUCGUUGUCUGAUGGCAAUUCUGAUACCCCUGUUCUGUGUAGAUCUGUUGUAAGAAUUUACUGGCAAGAUUUCACAAAGAGGGGAAACUGAACCAAGAAAUCCACUAAAUGGGACACAGUUUGAUGGAACAGGUGCUGCUGCAGCUGUCAUGACCACUACAUCUUGCAUGGACGAUGCUAACCAUGAUAAAGCACACAAGCCCUUAUUAGCCCGUUUGGAUUUUCCCUUGGAUGCAUCUGCUUACACUAAUACAAUAUGUAAUUCUGUUGAAGUCCUUCCCAUCGCUUGCAAAUUCUUGAAUUUCCUAGAAGGUUAGGGGAUUAUGCCUCAGGUGUUAUGAUGGGCAAAGCAUCUGACAAUCUGUGUACAACUUCUGUGAGGACACGAGUCAAGUUUGCAAGAAAAACAAAGUCCAUAGAGUUUCGCUAAAUAUGGUGGAUACAUGUCACGGUUGCUCGCCUUCUGAUCUACCUUUUUCCUGAAUGAUAUAAUCAAUGCUGUGGAACAAAGUGGAUUUCCAAAUUUCGAUGAUCAUGUAUUUUCUAUUGUGUGUAUGCUCUAUGCUAUUCCUUGAGUGGAUAAGAUCCAUUUCUGAUAACUAGUAAUCUUUCGAGGAAAAUGGACUUCAUAUCCAAUCAAAGAUUUUUCUGUUUUGCUGUGUUUUGGUUUGAGAUGGUAUCGUCGGAGCGGAAGAUUCUUGUGACCGGCGGGGCCGGGUUCAUUGGCUCUCACACCGUUGUCCAGCUGCUCAAGGAGGAGUUUAGGGUUUCCAUCCUUGACAAUCUUGACAAUUCUGUUACGGUGGCCGUUGAUAGGAUCCGGGACUUGGUGGGGCCCGAACUUUCUCAGAAACUCCGAUUCCAUCUGGGUGAUCUUCGGAACAAGGACGACUUGGAGAAGCUCUUUUCUCAAACACGAUUUGAUGCUGUGAUCCAUUUUGCUGGCCUAAAAGCUGUUGGGGAGAGUGUUGCGCAUCCCCGCCGCUAUUUCGAUAACAAUCUAGUUGGUACUAUCAAUCUUUACGAGGUUAUGGCAAAAUACAAUUGCAAAAAGAUGGUUUUCUCAUCAUCUGCAACUGUUUAUGGUCAACCUGAAAAAAUACCUUGUGUUGAGGAUUUCAAGUUGCAAGCUAUGAAUCCCUAUGGAAGGACCAAGCUUUUCUCUGAGGAAAUUGCUCGAGAUAUUCAGUUGGCAGAGCCAGAUUGGAGAAUUAUACUACUUAGGUACUUCAAUCCUGUUGGGGCUCAUGAGAGUGGUAGAAUUGGUGAAGAUCCAAAGGGUAUCCCAAACAAUCUCAUGCCGUACAUACAGCAAGUAGCUGUUGGGAGAUUGCCUGAGCUUAACGUAUAUGGUCAUGAUUAUCCAACAAAGGACGGUAGUGCGAUCCGAGAUUACAUCCAUGUCAUGGACUUGGCAGAUGGUCACAUUGCUGCUCUUCGGAAGCUUUUCACAACAGAGAAUAUAGGUUGCACGGCCUACAACUUGGGGACGGGCUGUGGCACAUCUGUGCUUGAAAUGGUCGCUGCAUUUGAGAAAGCUUCUGGCAAGAAAAUCCCCAUUAAGCUAUGCCCAAGGAGGCCAGGAGAUGCUACUGCUGUUUAUGCUUCUACAGAGAAAGCAGAGAAAGAACUUGGAUGGAAGGCGAAAUAUGGUAUUCAGGAGAUGUGCAGGGACCAAUGGAAAUGGGCAAGCACCAAUCCAUGGGGAUACCAGUCCAAGCCAUGAUAUGAUGAAAGAUUCAAAACCUGCCGCUAGUUGUGCUUAGACUCUGGAGUCUGCACUUCCAAUUUUUGCCGUUGUGAUUACGCCAUGAAUCAGCAUGCGAUUUUGGUUGUGGCAGCUCCCGUCGCUACAGGUUGCUGACAGUGGAGGGUGAAUUUCAGUAUCUUACGCCCAAAAAUAAGCUUCUCGGUAAUGAAGCAAAUCGUAAAACGAAGCCUCUUUAUCUUUUGCAGUGUUAUUGAGGGAAUUUUGUCUCUUCAAACUUAAAAGCAUCCAAAGAAAGUAUAUGCAAAUUGCACGACAAAGUUGAUAGGGCCGUGCCGGUUUCGAGGCGAGAGAGGAUAAGCCGUAGCUUUGGCAUCAGCAUUUUUUGUCAUCGAACAAAAAUAAAAAUAAAAAUAACAGGAAUCAUUUUUUUUUUUUUUUUUUACUUCGAAAUAAGAAGAGAACAUAAGCUGGCUGAAGAA